GCCCUCCUCGUCACGCCUCGUCGUUUGCGUGACCAACUCUCCCACCUCUUCCGCUAUAUAAAGAAGCCCUCAGCUCCUCUUGUUCUUCAAAUCUCUCUUUGUUUCAAUCCCUCUCGAAUUCUUCAUCAACCUCUGUCUCUCUCUCUCUCUCUCUCAAGAUGCAAAUUUUCGUGAAAACCCUCACUGGCAAGACUAUCACCCUUGAGGUGGAGUCUUCUGACACCAUUGACAACGUUAAGGCCAAGAUCCAGGACAAGGAAGGAAUUCCCCCAGACCAGCAGCGUCUGAUCUUUGCUGGCAAGCAGCUUGAGGAUGGCCGAACCCUUGCUGAUUACAACAUCCAGAAGGAAUCAACCCUCCACUUGGUGCUUCGUCUCCGUGGUGGCAUGCAGAUCUUUGUCAAGACUCUGACCGGAAAGACCAUCACUCUUGAGGUUGAGAGCUCUGACACCAUUGAUAACGUGAAGGCCAAGAUCCAGGACAAGGAGGGCAUUCCCCCAGACCAGCAGAGGCUCAUCUUUGCCGGCAAGCAGCUUGAGGACGGCCGCACCCUUGCAGACUAUAACAUCCAGAAGGAAUCCACCCUCCACUUGGUGCUUCGUCUCCGUGGUGGCAUGCAGAUCUUUGUCAAGACCUUGACCGGAAAGACCAUCACCUUGGAGGUUGAGAGCUCAGACACCAUUGACAAUGUGAAGGCUAAGAUCCAGGACAAGGAGGGAAUCCCACCAGACCAGCAGAGGCUUAUCUUUGCCGGAAAGCAGCUUGAGGACGGCCGUACCCUUGCAGACUACAACAUCCAGAAGGAAUCCACCCUUCAUUUGGUGCUUCGUCUCCGUGGGGGUAUGCAAAUUUUUGUGAAGACCUUGACCGGAAAGACCAUCACCUUGGAGGUGGAGAGCUCAGACACCAUUGACAAUGUCAAGGCUAAGAUCCAGGACAAGGAGGGUAUCCCACCAGACCAGCAGAGGCUUAUCUUUGCCGGAAAGCAGCUCGAGGAUGGCCGUACCCUUGCUGAUUAUAACAUCCAGAAGGAAUCCACCCUUCAUUUGGUGCUCCGUCUUCGUGGUGGUAUGCAGAUUUUUGUCAAGACCCUUACAGGGAAGACCAUCACCCUUGAGGUGGAGAGCUCAGACACCAUUGAUAAUGUGAAGGCUAAGAUUCAAGACAAGGAGGGGAUCCCACCAGACCAGCAGAGGCUUAUCUUUGCCGGCAAGCAGCUCGAGGAUGGGCGUACCCUUGCAGACUACAACAUCCAGAAGGAGUCUACCCUUCACCUUGUCCUCCGUCUCCGUGGUGGUUUCUGAAGUCUGGUGAUUGCAAAGCAGCAGCUGUGAAGAUCCUGAAUGUUUUCUUUUAUGUUUUUACUUUUCGUGGUACUUUUUUUGCUUCCUUGCUGAGGCAAGUAUUUUAAUUUCAUGUUUGGUAUUGCCUCCCUGUUGAGGUAAUUGGACAAGUUUUAUUUCCUAUGAUACUCUUGGUUUUAUAAAUAAAUUUGGAUCUUCUGUUAAA